AUGGAAGAGGACAAAUACAAAGUACCGUUAUUCAAUGGUAAGAAUUUUUCCAAUUGGAAAUUUCGAAUGGAAGUAUUACUUGAAGAACAGGAACUUUUGUUUUGCAUCACGGAAGAAACAACGACGGAAAAAGACAAGAAGAAACAACUAAAAUGUAAGUCUUUAAUUAUUCAGAGAAUCGCUGAUAGUCAUUUGGAAUAUGUGAAAGACAAAAGUAUGUUGUUGUUAACUUUACCUCAGUCAUAUGAUAGUAUAGUUAUUGCAUUGGAAACUGUGAGUGUUGAUAAACAAACUUUAAAUGUUGUUAAAAGUAAAUUAUUGGAUAUUGAACUUCAGCGCUCAGAUAAUAACAAGAAAGUUAAGGAAACAUCUGGAGCAGCUUUUUCUGAAAAUAAACGUGUUGUAGGCAGAUUCAAUGCUACAAGUGUUUAUUUACAAAGAAUUGAAAUUGAUAUGGUUACUGGUAAUAGUAUGCUACAAUCGUUGAUAACAUUUGUUGAUGAACUCAGAAAUGAUUUUGACGCAAUUGAAGAUGAAGCAAAGAUAUUGAGUCUCUCAGUUAAUAAAGAAUGGUCUAAUGGAGGAAAAAACAAACGUAAAAUUAUUCAAAAAUAUUCGGAUGGUACUACAUGUCAUGAGAGUUUAAAAGGUAGAGAUACAUUUAGAGUCAAUGCUUUUUUAGUUAUCAUUGAUAAAUUGCAAACCGAAUUAAAAAAACGUAGCUCAGCUUAUGAUAAUAUAACAAACCUCUUUGGAUCUUCGACUCGCUUGGACGUGAUUGAUGACAAUUCAUUGAAAAAAUCCGUAAAUAAUUUAUUCAAAGCUUACUCUUGUGAUCUAGAAGAAAGUCUAUACGACGAAUUGAAACAAUUCAUUGGUAUGGUUAAAGUCAAGGAAGAUAAUAAAUUAAUAAAAAACUCGGUUAACAUGUUACUAAUGAUUGUUGAAGAUAAUCUCUUGGGCGUUUUUCCACAUAUUUAUGUAGCGUUCCGAAUUUUUUUAAGUAUACCAGUUACUAACUGUGAAAGUGAACGAUCUUUUCUGCACUAA